GCAGUGCCCGGAUGCACUCAAGGAAGACGUCGACGGUCAGAACUCUGCGAGAAUAUUGAGUAUUUUGUGCGUUCAGAGUGAAAAGGACUAUUGACAAGAGCUGAUCUGCUUUGAAUCAAUGUAAUUUGCACGUGAAUCGGAACUUUCAGGUUGAGAGAUUUCCAGUAUUGAGGUAUGCAGAUGGGCGAGAGGGGAAAACCUGCGGGUGAUCAGAGCCUUUUCAUAGUUCUCAAAGAUGUCCGGCCCGGCAUGAAGAACCUUCACCUCAUGUUCAUUGUUUUAGAAGUUGGAAAGCCAACUCGCACCAAAGAGGGUCAUGACGUGAGGUCAUGUAAAGUCGCGGACAAGUCUGGUUCCAUCAACCUGUCUGUGUGGGACGAGGCCAGCCAUGCCAUUCAGUCGGGAGACAUUUGUAAAUUCAUGAGAGGGUAUGCCUCACUGUGGAAAGGAGGCUUGACUUUGUACACAGGAAAGAUUGGGGAAAUUGUCAAGGUUGGAGAGUUUUGCUUCAAUUUUGCUGAAAUGCCGAACUUUAGUGAACCAAAUCCAGAAUAUUUAAAAGUUGAGCCACCACAGAGAAAGUCUCCCACAGAAAGCGGUGAGGGUGGGCCCAGUCAAGCCAAAGGGGACAUUCAAGGGUCAAGUUCCGGGGUGCGACCUCAGCUCAUGCAGAUUCAGCCUGGAAAUGGACAGGGGUACAACCAGCAGCGCCCCCCAGCACGGCCUCCGUUGUCGGCUCCCCCUCGCGGCAUCAUGAAUGGCAACAACAACAACAACAGCAACGUGGCCGUGGGCGGCGCAGCGGGUCAGAGUGGGCGGCCAAGCAGGGGAGGAGUACGCAGAUGAUGAACAGCCCGGCCCGGCUUGUUGUUUGACUAGUGAUGUUGCUCUCUCAGCUUUUUGGGGGGGGGGGGGGGUCAGUGUGUUUCUGUGUACAUGUGUGUGUGUAUGCUUGAAUGGAAAAUAUGGAUCUUGAGUGGUAUUUUUGUGUUCUUCCAAUGUAUGCUUAUGUAUCUCAAUUGGUGUGUUAAUAUGGUGAGUGUGACAUGGCUUAAGCUUUGAUUGCAGAUAGAUGUAUUGAGACAUUGGAGAGUUUGGAAGUCUCUCAUCCAACCUAUUCUUAAAAGAAAGAUGUUAUUUUGAGGGGUUUGCCUUUUACUGUCUCUGUGCUGUGUUGACAAGGGCAUUGGUUAAUUAAGUAGAAUUAGAAUGUCUUUGUUUCUCGACAUUGUGUGCAGUCCUGAUUCUUUGGACAUGUUGAUGGAGGUCCCACACCGAUCAGCCUGGUCUCUUACAUACAUGCCACCCACUGAGAUUAUAUAAGUUUGUGUGAGUUCUACAGCUGGGGACCUGUCAUAUGCAGGAACCUUGUACCCUGAACAUUGAUCAGUGAGAGAACAGAAAGUGCAGGAAACAAGUUAGGACAUAUUUUGUUGAGCAGCUGUUGAGAUGAAUUAGCCUCAAAAUUUGGACAAUUUUUUGAAAUUGCAGUUUCUUAAUCUGUGGUAUAGGUUGCUUGAGCUCAGUAAAUAUUUUGUAGAAAUUCUAAAUCUGAAGCCCCCCCCCCCCCC